GGCUCGGUAGAAAAUGGCGAGUGUGUGUAAGAGGCAGCAAUGUUCGAUCGAGAGGCGAGGCUUUCGGCAGGAUCUUGAUUCGUGGCGGCACAAACUCAUUCAUUGUGUAGGUUUUGAGAGCAUUCUAGAAGGGUUGUUUGGGUCGAGGUUGGUGGAGGACCUAACGUUAUUUAAAGGCAGUGAGCCUGAAGGCGUUACAGACUGGUCAUUUGACGAGAACUGCCUGUUCUGCUGCUUAAAACGAGACAAAGUCAAGGAGCACUUAGUUGGCCUGAGCGACCCGGGGUUGGAGAGUGGGGCUAAAUCCCUGCUGCUCAAAGACCAGACCAAGAUCAACAGACUUGAGAAACAAGCUGAGGAAUUUUUGAAUGCAGUCCUCUACAAAGAAGAUGUGCCCAGCUUCUCGGACCCGCACAUUCCAGUAGUGGCUCUGGAGAUAAUGCAGAGGAUGAUCCGCCAGUUUGCUGCAGAAUAUACCUCAAAAAGCAGUUCCUCUACUCCGGACAGCCGCUCCACUCCCAGGCCUGGUCCCCACCCAGACCAAAGCCUGCCUCCUCCCCCCUCGCUGCCCACGGUGCCCCCAGCUGCCAGCCCUGGUGGUACUGCGACCGCCUCCGUGCCCAGCCAGAACCCCGUCCUCUCCAAGCUGCUGAUGGCCGACCAGGACUUGCCUCUCGACCUCACAGUCAAGAAGCCUCUGCCACAGCCUGUAGAACAAGAUGGAGUCCUGGACCUGUCACUCAAAAAGGGACGGGCCAAAAGCAGCACGUCAUCGCUCCGCAGCCCUCAUCUUUCCCAGACGUCCACUCUUAGAGGUCAAUGUCUGGAGCUGACUACAGAAAAUGCCAGGGACCUGCAGUCCACCUCUACGCUGGAGGAGUUUAUGACCAAGCUCUGUCUGCACCACCAGAGGCAGAUUGUCGACGCUCUGGGCUUCCUACACACAGAGGUCAAGGCUAUAUCCUCCUCCAGCACUUCGCUAGCUUCUGCCUCCAAACCCUCUUGCUCAGUGGAGCACGGAGCCCUCCAGGGUCCUAGCGCUGCACCUUGCCUUCAGUCCCCAGAGAGGGGGAGGACUGGUCAGAAACUUCCCCUGGCUUCCACUCCAAAAGGAUCGACGGAGGGGCAAGAAAGUUUGGUAACCCCAGAGCAGACUGCUGUGUUCCGGAAUGUGUCUGGGGCCACUGGACCGGCCUUGGAUCUCCGUCAACCUGGCCCAGGGGACUCUAAGGCUUUGGCAACACUGUUCAGAAGCGCAGAUGACAGUGUGAGUAAACGUCUUAGUGACCAUGCUCCGCUAAAGAUCAAAAUCAUGAAGUCCAGCAGCCUGGCUGAUGGUAAGAAGCUAUCCUGUGUGCUCACCACCUCUCUUCCUGCUGGUGCCGGUACUUUGGAAGAAAUGCAGGGCAUUUCUGACUCCUCAACCAGAGCAGAUACUUACAGUUCUGGACAAGGCUCCUCUGUGAAAAGGCACGAUCAUGCUGAUCGCUCAACAAGACAAAGAGGCUCCAUUGAACAUACCAAAGACACGCUGGUCAAACAAAGUCCACCUGAAAAGACCCCCAACAACAUACCCCCAGUUUCCCCCGGGACAGCAAGGAAGACCAUAAAGGGGUCUUCCUACCAUCGGCCUAGGGACACAUCCUCAGUGUGUCGGUUUGUAACCGACCCUGAUCUCGGCCACUGCGACAUCGUCUACAUCGACAAACCAAUCACAGAGUGUUUCCGGGAUCGGCAGCACCGUCUGCUCCCUCGACGCAACGCCAGGAAAAGCACCCGAGGUCACAUGUAUGUGGAGGAAAUGUGGGAGCUGAAGACUGUCCGUACAUUAGCCAAGACGUCUGCCCGCAAUGAUAGUGGCAACUGUCCCGCUCCAAUGCCAGAGCUCAUCACUCUGGUCACCCCUAAAAAGGUGCUUGGCAAGCCUGAGGGAGUACCUCUUGUGGAUAUGCCUUUUGUUGGAGGUUUUGUGGAGACGGUCAGUCAGAAAACUCCUUCUGAGCUUCCAGCUGAAAGUGAGGUGGCUGGGGAUGUGGAGGCUGCAGCAGCAUCAGCCAGUGGGAUGGCACUGAACGUUGAGAUUAGUCAGACAGACCAGAGUCAGUGCAAAGAGCAGACUGCCCCUCCACCUCCUUCACAGAGUCCCCCAGUGGAUAACGAGCAGAGUACAGGGACAAACUCGGAGCAGCCAAGGCAGAGCGUAGCACCAGAGAAUAAUCUAGCUCAGACUGUGGUCGAGACGGCAGAUCAGGAUGUAAACAGUAUACACAAUUACAUAGUUUUAAGUGAAAACCCAGAGCAGGUGGUGAUGGGGAAAGAUGUAAACUUAUCACAGGAUAAGACAUCAGAAGAAGCUGAGCUUGUCCAGGAUAUGCUGCAGAGUGUGCCAAAGGGCCAGAAAGUUGUCUCUGAAACCCAACAGGAAUCUGCAUCACUGACCCCUUCCCUGGAGAGCAAUGAAGACAAAGAGGUAGUGAGUGCAGGUGCAGGUGCAGUUGACAAAGAGCAGGCAAUGCCUCUGGAACCGCAAAUUUCAGUUGACCAGAAACCGUCUGAGGUCUCUGGAGGAGAAGCAAAAGCUGGCAUGGAGGUUCCCGUGCAGAGUGAAAGGAUAGAGGUGCAGGAAACGGGCGAGGUUGAACCAGACUUGGCUCCAGGCGAUGGCGACAAUGUGCCUGAAGAGAAAAAGACACAUGUUGAUUCGUCCUCUAAAAAGGUCAGUAAGGCAGUUGAGAAAGAAUUGCCUCUCAGGCAUUCUGAAAAACAGGGUAUUCCAGCACGGGUGAUUCCUUCAAGGGUGAAGGAAGCUGCAGUGAUUGAUACAGAGAGUAUGAUUAUAUGUGGAUAUGUGAAUGGUAGACCUAUUGGACAUUCUGACAGAUGUUUGCGUGAACGACCAGCCAGAACUACCCCAGAGUCUACUCCUACUAAGACUAAACGCCCCACUAAGGCGUCUCUGAAACAGACUGAGAACCCUUCUGAGAACGCGUCUGAGAUUCCACAAUUGUCACCUGAGACUGCUCUCACCCCGAUCCCUGCUGGGGAAAGCGUCAAAAGCCCUUCGUCGAAGCGCCUCAGCAAGGCCUCCCUGAAACAAUGUGAGAAAUAUUCUGAGAACAUGCCAGAGGUUCCUCAAGUCUCACUCCCUUCAGCCGAAGUGAUCAAAAGCCCUGUGUCCAUACGGCCCAAAAGAACCCCUAAAGCUAAAAUCAAUCAGAACCUGCCUGACACACAGACCCCUGCUGAAGCAAGCCAGAACAUGUCUGACACAAGGACCCCUAUUGCCCCUAUAACAGCAAGCCAGAGCAUUCCUGACACUCCUCAAGUCCCAGACACACCAGUCAACUCCUCCAGGAGCCCUGAGUCCAGACAACCCCUCAGAUCUGCCAGACUGCAACAGGCAGCAGCUGUUGCCUCCCCUCUCGUCCCUGUCGCCUCCCCUCUCGUCCCUGUCGCCUCCCCUCUCGUCCCUGUCGCCUCCCCUCUCGUCCCUGUCGCCUCCCCUCUCGUCCCUGACGCAUCCCCUCUCGUCCCUGACGCCCCCCCUUUCGUCCCUGACGCCUCCCCUUCUGUUGAAGGGGCUGUUACUUUCAUUGUUGCCCCAGAACCGUCUACCUCCCUCCCACUCCCCUCCACUGAGCUCAACCCUCCCCUCCCCAUUGCCUCUCCUCUUCUUCCUAUCGUCUCCCAUCUCUUCCCUUCAUCUCAUCAGAACAGUGCAGUCACCCAGAGCUCUGCAGAGCUGAAAGUUCAAAAAGCUCAGCCAGCUCCAAAUGCAAAACCUAGCGAGACAGAGAAAACAGCAGAGGAAACUAGGGGGCAAACUAGACCAAAGCUCAGAUCGUCAAUGAUGGUAGCAAAGGAAGUUGAAAUUGUUGAGAAUCAGCAAGUUAGCAGUGAGGAUUCUGCUCUCACAGAGGGUACAAGCAUUAAAAAGAGUGAGGCCCACACACAAAGUAGUCCACUAAGAAGUAAAAGAACUCUCAAAAAGGAAGGAGAAUCAAGCAAAUUGACUUUGCUGAAAAAUUCAGAGGAACCUACUUUGCUGAAGAAGGCAGCGGCACCAACUUCAAUGGAUAACAAAACUUCAUCUGAAGAUUCCAGUAGGUCUUCCGUCAGCAGUGCUUCAGACAAACCUGGGCGAAUGCCAUUGAGGAGUGAGAGUAGUAAAACUGACGUGACCAGCCAGUCCAUUACCCCGGCAACCCCACCGACCCCAGUGGAGAACAGGAAGUCAGCUUUGAGAGUCCAGAGGUCGCCCACACCCUCGACCAGUGCUCCAAUCACAGCUGAGAAAUGGAGUGAAGUGGCAUCUCCCAUUAGGCUGAAAUCCCCAGUGAGACUUCCAUCACCAAUCAGGUUCAAACCAGAGAGAAUCAUCAAGUCUCCAUUGAGGGAAUCACCUUUGCUGGUCAGUUCCCCUCUGCCCUCCAGCUCAGUCACUCCUUUCCUCCUGCCCAAGCUGGAGCUUCCAGUACAGACUCGACACAAGUUCCUGGAGUUACUGGAUGUAGAGGAAAACCAACAGAAAAUCUCCUCUCUGAACACCAUGUUCGAUAAGAUGCAAAGAGGCUGGGUCCAGAUGGACAAAGAGGGACAUCCAACGCCAAGACACAAAAAUAAGGCAGACAGACAGGCAGCGAUAUGGAAGAGUAAGCGCAGGGUCCGCAAGCCCAAGUCUUCGGAUCAUCAGAGGUACUCGCUAGUUCAAAUGCUUUUCAAGAACGAUUUGGACCUAGCCAGCAUUUGCCAGUGGUACAUGGAGUCAACAGAAACCCAGUCCCUGGUCAUCGUAAAGAAGGUGAACACACGUCUUCCCUCUGAGACCCAGCUGCUCUUCCCCGGUAUGUCCCAAAGGCCAUCUCAAGGGGUCUUCCCUAGCCUUCAAGCUGAGCGCUUGAAGAAACACUUGAAGAAGUUUGCCAUGGCUUCCCCUGUGAAGAGCAACCCUAAGAGUCAGAAGCUGAUUGCUAAAGCCCUGGAGCAGGAGGUCAGUACAAGUAUGCCCAAAGGGAAGGAAAAGAGAGAGCUGACUACAGCCACUCGGAUCUCCACCAAAGCCUACGUUUCCUCUGCAGAGGCACAGGCACAACCAGCCGACGGCCAGAAGGCCUCAGCGAAGGCCAAGAACCCAGCCAGCGCCCGGAUCCUGAGGAAGUACUCCAAUAUAAGGGAGAAGAUGCAAGGUCAACAGAGCUCCAAGAAUCCGAAAGGGGCCCCAAGAAAAGAGCUUGAAGCUUCCAAAGUCAAACCCUCUAAACCCCCAAAGAAAAAAUUGGCAAAACCGUCAAAAUUGAAACCGGCCCAGAGGCAGAAAUUAUCCGUUUCUGGUGCUAAAAGUGUAAAGGAGACAAGUGUAGUAAAAACAGAGCGAGCACAGCCAUCUCCUAGCAGAAAGUCUCCAGUUAAAGCUGCUGUCCUGGAGAGAUCAGUCAAGACUAGCAGCAGCAGUAGAACCUUACGGGAUCUCAGUAGGAAAGAGAGUGCAUCACCACAGAGGUCUCCCCAAAGAGUGAUGACUCCAAAAGCACAGAAAAACACCCCUGCUCCUGCCACCGUCCCCAAGACUGACUUUAACAAGCAGCAGGUUGGAGCAGAGAAGGCAGGGGUGGAUAAGACUAUGGCAACAAAAGCAGGUCAAACAAAAGGUCAAACAAAGAGACCCUCUCAAAGUAGAGUCUUUGAGACUAAAGUCACUGAAAGUAAAGGUACUGAGAGCAAUGGCGCUGAAAGUGCUGCAGAGACUCCUCAACAGAACAUGGACGUCAAAACACCAGGUUCUCCUGAUCAGGUUCUCACUAGGUCACAGAGGAAGAUGGAGGCCGAUCCACCCCCCUCCGUCCCUCAGAGUGCAAGCCCUAAGCCUGGCACUAAGAAAGCAAAUGAACCUGCUCAGAGUGGAACUCCUAAGAGUGCCACAAAGAGAGCUCUGGAGCCUACACAUACUGUUAGUACAAGCCCUAAGCCUGCCAUAAAGAGAGCCAGUGAACCUGCUCAGAGUGGAACUCCUAAAGGUGCCACAAAGAGAAGCCAGGAGAGCCCACAGACUCCAGCCAAGCGCACCAGGACAUCCCUACAGAAAUGAAGCUUGUGUGCAGACAUGGACUGUAACAGCCAAUCUGACGACAUUUAGUUGUUUUGUUUUAUCUGGAAUAUAAUAGAAAGGACUGGUAGUAUCUAUUUUUGUGUGUUCUUCCCAAGCGGUGUUGGUAAAUUAUCGUUUGUAAGGAGAUCGACAUGCUGAAGAAAGAGGAAAAAUACUGGUUUUGUCUUGUUUAGUGUUGUCUACCUGGCCUGGAGAUGUAUCUUAUUAUAAUGGUAAAUCUGCAUUGUAAACAUGUAAGCCAUUUUAUUUUGGGGUUUGAUGCAGAGUUGAUAAGUUAUUCAGACUACAGCAUGCCAGGUCCUCCACCUUUGUUUGUCCAAGUUUUUUAUAUUCCAUAGUGUCUAUUCCACGGUUUGAAAAAUAGUGAGGUUUAAUGGCAUGAAACCAUCGGCACCAUGUUGCUACGAAAUAAAUAAUGAUGUUCUCUGACUGCAGCACAGCUCAGGUUUCACUGAACAUUCUCUUGGAACUAUAGCCUAUAUUCAUCAAUGUCUCCCGCCCAUCUCGCAAUCAAGGAGUUUGUGACUUUGUGAUCAUCAAGGAGUUUGUGACUUUGUGAUCAGGUGCCUUAUUUAUCAGAUGUAGAGUAAUGCGUUGACAACAGGUGAAGCCUCAGUUCUCUGGCCAUUGCACAUACACAUGUACGGUAGGAAGAGUGAGAAAGGGAGCUUUCUAGAUAUGGAUUUGGUGCAGGUCAGCGCACGUUGUCAUGUUGGGGUCCGUCACAUGUUAAACUCUUCUCCAGUUAUCUUGUAGAUCUGGUCAUUUGUUCAAGGCCUGCACCAGAUUUGUGGAUUUGUGCGUCUUAAUGCACAACUUCCCUCCAUGUGUUCAGCCCUCCAUGUUCCCGACUCUCCUCCGUCUUCCUGCUAUAAAAACCACCCCGCUUCCCAUCAUGGGUUGUUAUUCCGACGAGUUCUCUUUUAAUGUCUUUUUGUUUUUAGAUUCUGGGGAUAUUUAUUUUCAGAGAUGUAGCUUUAUAACUGAUGUUAUGGUAGCUUUGUUUAACUUUCAAAUACUGUCUGAGUUAACAAAGGAGGGGGUUUUUCCGUUGCAAUGCGUGUGAGAUAUUUACACCUGCUUUGUUAUGUUGUAACUCGGAUCCAGUCCUUAUCUUAUUUGUUUCCCGUUAAAGUUGAAUGUUCUGGUGUGGUCAUCACCUGCUUAUUGCAUGCUGUAGCUGCCGGUAGCAUUUACAUCUAGCACAAUUCUUGUUGAGCCUUUUCACCUUGUUUUUUUUCUGAAUUAGCAUUUGUUUCCGAAACUUCUUUAACUAAGACUAUGCAUGCACGUUACCGUGACCCUCUGUGUGCUGAACUGUAUGGGCAUUAACAACUGAAGAUAUGAACCCUUGGAAGACGUGUCAUUGGUCAGCUAUUUUGGAAGCGGGUUUGCUGUUUGAGAGCAGAUACCAGGAAUGACGCGACAUGGAGCCACACGUUGUAUCUAAUGUUGGCUGGAUAUGUUUUUCCUGUGCUUUAUGGUAGUGUUUGCCUUUUAUUUGGACUAUAUUGCCGUAUACUGACCCCUGGUGGCCAUAUGAGAACUGUUGAAGAAAAUGCUUCUACUUUUCAUAUCUUUGUAUGAUCAGUAAUGAAUACACUGAACAAGAAUAUAAACGCAACAUGCAACCAUUUCACAGAUUUUACUGAGUUACAUUUCAUAUAAGGACAUUUAAAUAAAUACAUUGAAACAAAUUUGUGCACAAAAUUUGAGAUAUGCUUUUAGUGCGUAUGGAAAAAUCCUGGGAUCUUUUAUUUCAGUUCAUGAAACAUGGGACCAACACUUUACAUAUUGCGCUCAUAUUUUUGUUCAGUAUAU